UCCUCUCUGUGUCUCUCACUCUCUCUCCAUUCUUUCUAACGCGCCAUCGUACAUCACUCGUCACACCCACUCCUCGGAACCGCUGCUCACCGAUUCUCACCGAACCGUAACAUCCGAACAGCGCCAGCAUGUCUUCGGAAGGAUUAGGCGAGACUUUGGUGAUUCGCUUCGGGCUGAUAAACGCCGAUAACAAAUACCUGACAGCGGAGACGUUUGGUUUUAAAAUCAACGCCUCGGCGAGCUCCAUGAAGAAAAAGCAGGUGUGGACCCUGGAGCAGUCCGGGGACCACGGAGACUCCAAUGCCGUGUUCAUCAAAAGCCACCUGGGUCGCUACCUCGCCACCGACAAGGACGGCAACGUGACCGCAGACAGCGAGCAGCCCGGCCCGGAUUGUCGGUUCCUCGUGAUCGCCCACGACGACGGCCGGUGGUCCCUGCAGUCCGAGCCCCACUCGCGCUACCUGGGCGGGACCGAGGACCGGAUCGCCUGCUUUGCGCAAAGCAUCUCGCCUGCGGAAAAAUGGAACGUGCACCUGGCAGUCCAUCCUCAGGUGAACGUCUACAGCAUCGCGCGUAAACGGUAUGCGCACCUGUGCGCCGACAGGAACGAGCUCGCCGUGAACCGCGACGUGCCGUGGGGCGUGGAUUCGCUGCUCACUCUCGUCUACCUGGACCACCGGUAUCAUCUGCAGACCGCCGACAACCGCUUCCUUACGUGCAGCGGUGCCCUGACAGCCAAGCCGGGCACGGGCACUGGCUUCACGCUGGAAUUUCGCGCGGGGAAGGUGGCUUUCCGGGACGCCACGGGCAAAUACAUCGCGCCCACGGGCCCCACCGGGACCAUGAAGUCUGGCAAGAGCGCCCGCGUCGGCAAAGAUGAGCUGUUUGUCCUCGAGCAAAGUCACGGGCAAGUGGUGCUUACCGCCAGCAACGACAGAAACAUCUCCAUGCGCCAGGGGGUUGAUUUAUCAGCCAAUCAGGAUGAAGAAUCUGAUCAGGAGGUGUUUCAAAUGGAGAUGGACAGGGAGACAAAGCAAUGUGCCUUCCGAUCGUGCAAUGGGAAGUACUGGAGUCUCACCCCAAGUGGAGCAAUCCAAUGCUCUGCUUCUGCUAAAUCACCCAGUUGUUUCUUUGACCUUGAGUGGAAAGGGUCAAAAGUUGCGCUGAAAGCCAGUAAUGGUAAAUACCUGGCAGCCAAGAAGAACGGACAGCUGGCGGCCGCUGUGGACUCCGCAGGCGAGCAGGAGGAGUUUGUGUUGAAGCUCAUCAACAGGCCAUUGAUAGUGCUGCGUGGGGAACACGGCUUUAUUGGUUGUCGCAAACAAGGAACUGGAACGCUUGAUUCCAACCGCUCGUCCUAUGAUGUCUUCCAGUUAGAGUAUAACAACAAUGCUUACAGCCUCAGAGACUCAAUGGGGAAGUACUGGACGGUGGAGGCAGACGGCUCUGUGAUCAGCAGUAGUGAUACACCUGUCUAUUUCCACUUUGAGUUUAGUGAUUAUAAUAAAGUGGCCAUUAAGACAAAGGAGGGCAAGUAUCUUAAGGGAGACCAUGCUGGUGUGCUCAAAGCCAGCGGCCAGGGGAUUGCUGAUGCAACAAUGUGGGAAUACUAAGAAACAUUCAGCAAUCUACACACACAAACAAACGUGUGUUCUGUAAACCUAUACGUAAACAUAACACAUUCUCUACAGCAUAAGCACAAUAUGAUAACAUACAGUCCAUGUCACACAACAUACUUAAAUAUCUCAACAAAAUCUACUGGCUCAAGACACAAAAACACGUUUGAAUGUGAAAAUAAACAAAUGCACAAAUUAUCACAAUGCACAAAUUAGCUUAAACGUAUUCAAUUAAGUAAAUAGUUCGGCCAAAACUAUAAAUUCUGAUAUCAUUUAAUCACCCUCAUGUUACUGAAACCUGACUUCUGUGAAGCAUAAAAGACAAUAUACUGAAGAACACUGAGGUGCAAACAACAUUGGACCUUUUUGAUUUUCAUCGUAUGGACAAAAAAUACAAUAGAAGUCAAUGGGAGCCAAAAUUGUUUGGUUAUCAAUUUUCUUCAAAAUAUUUUUGUGUGUUCAGCAAAAGAAACAGGUUUGGAAGGACAUGAGGAAGAACAAAUGAUGACAGAAUGUUCAUUUUUGGGAGAACUGUCUCUUUAAGAGAAGCACAAAUUGAUGGUAUACUGACAAAAUAUUUUUUACAAAACUGGAUUAUUGUUGCACAAACUGUUGAUCUCCAUGAUUAAGUUAACGGUGACACUUUACAAUAAGUUAACAUUUAACAUUUAACUGAUAACAUUUGUUAACUACACUACCAGUCAAAAGUUUUUGAACAGUAAGAUUUUUAAUUUUUUUUUUAAAGAAGUCUCUUCUGCUCACCAAGCCUGCAUUUAUUUGAUCCAAAGUACAGCAAAAAAAAGUGACAUUUUUAAAUAUUUUUGCUAUUUAAAAUAACUGUUUUCUUUUAAAAUGUAAUUUAUUCCUGUAAUUUCAAAGCUGAAUUUUUAGCAUCACUACUCCAGUCACAUGAUCCUUCAGAAAUCAUUCUUAUAUUCUGAUUUGCUUCUUAAAUUAUUAUUUAUCAUUUAUCAAUCAUUUAUUAUUAUUAUUAUUAUGCUGAAAACAGCUGAGUACAAUUUUUUCAGGUUUUGUUGAAUGUUUCUUGAACAGCAAACAGCAUAUUAGAAUGAUUUCUGAAGGAUCAUGUGACACUGAAGACUGCAGUGAUGAUGUUGAAAAUUCAGCUUUGAUCACAGAAAUAAAUUACAUUUUUAAAUAUAUUCAAAUAGAAAGCAGUUAUUUUAAACAGUAAAAACAUUAUUUAAAUUUCUACAGUUUUUGCUAUACUUUGGAUGAAAUAAAUGCAGGCUUGGUGAGCAGAAGAGAUUUAUUUAAAUAACAUUAAAAAAAUCUUACUGUUCAAAAACUUUUGACUGGUAGUGUACAUUAGUUAACAUGAACUAAGAAUGAACAACACCUUUACAGUAUUUAUUAACCUUAGUUAAAUGCUCAGUUCAACAUUUACUAAUACAUUUAACAAGAUUAAUAAAUGUAAAAAAGGUAUCGCUCACUGUUAGUACAUUAACUAAUGUUAACAAAUGAAACCUUAUUGCAAAGUGUUACCAGGACAACUCACUUAAUGGGGUGAAAUUCUGUCAUGAAAUCAUGCAAAAAUACAUUUGCAAGCAAUUUAAUGCACAUCAUGUAGUCACUGUCUCUCAGAUGCUUUCAAGGCCUAAUUCUGCCUCCUUAUAAUAGAUAUUUCUAGGAAAUUCGCAAUCUAAAUGUGCUAUUACAUAAUGGUCAAUAAUUUGCUUAUGCAAAAUGUCUUAUAUGCCGAGGCUUCGGCCAUAGGGUUUGUUCCUGCUCCCAAAAACAUUUUUAGAGUGAACUGGCUUCUGUAAUGAGGCCAGGUUUUAAAUAGCUGCACCGUGGCUCAGAAAAAAAAAACUGGAGAAAUAUGCUUGUUCACAUCAGAGAUUUAGAUUUCCUUACACACACAUAGACAGGCACACAAAGUGAGUCAGAAGCAAAUCAUUUGUUUGUCAAAUUGUUACUUGUGGUGUUUGUGGCCAUUUUGGGUUACUUGACUUGCAUUCAGCAUUGUGCUGACUAUACUGGAACAACAGUGUUUUUUAUGUAACUCUAGCUUAUUGUUGAUGACAUGUUGAUUUGCACUUUUUCGGCUAAAGCUUUUUCAUGUGAAUGUGUUGAAAGAAAAAGACAAAGUGUUUGUGCCUUCCUUAGUGGGAUAAGACCUCCUGAGGUGUGAAAAUGCAGUUUUUUGAACCUCAUUUUAAUUUUAUUCUCAUGAUGUGCCAUUUGCAACUGGACAUGACAAUGGAAAUAAACAGAAAAUGUUGGAAAGUAAAUACUUAAAAAGUGUGCUUGGUUUUUUUUUUUUCAGUUCUUACAUAAUAUGUUAUCAUCAGUUAUGCAGUUACGCUAAAUAAACAACCUAUUUUGUCCCUUGUA